AUGGUUGGGGAGAAGAGACGCCCAGCCUGCCUGCCAGAGCGCCCGUGCUACUUCGUGCGGCCCUUCCGGGCUACCGUGCUCUUCCGCAUUGGUAACCAGCAGGCAGCCGACGGCCUGGCUUGGGUUACUUUGGCCCCACGCCUAACCCAGCGAAACAUCCCCCGUGCCUCUAAACCAAAGGCUGGCCUCUCACCAAGCCAGGAAAACAAAGUUCGAAAGGGUGGGCGGGCUACGUUGUAUGCUUUCAUAUUAUUUUCGGCUCAGGCUAAGCAGCCAGCCAAAAGUCCGAGAUGCAUGCCGCUUGUGACUGCGGCCAACAUGCCCUGA